CUUCCAUUUCAUGAAUCACACAACUCACACAAGCAUAUCCCAGCCGCCACAUUAGUUAUCGUGUCAGAAUAUUCAAUUCAAUUCAAUUCAACACUUCUCUAUUUGUUUUCCAACUAAGCAAGCUAAGCUAGGGUUUUGUAUUCCAUUUCCAUGGCCACCUUAAUUCGAACACCAUUCUUCUCUCCCACCACCUUUACCUCUUCCAACAACAACAACCAACUUCUCCUCCUCCGUCUCCAUUCCUCUAAACAACCAACUCACUCCUCCUUUCCCAAUUUCUCCAUUUCAUGUUCCUCCCAAUCCCAAUCCCAAUCCCCUCGCCACCGUCCUCCUUACAUCCCCAAUCACAUCCCUGAUCCCUCCUAUGUUCGCAUCUUCGACACUACUCUCCGCGACGGUGAACAGUCCCCCGGCGCCUCCAUGACUUCUAAGGAGAAACUCGACAUUGCUCGCCAGCUUGCCAAACUUGGGGUAGACAUCAUCGAAGCCGGAUUUCCCGCCGCAUCUACAGAUGACUUUGAAGCUGUUAAAAUGAUUGCCAAUGAGGUUGGAAACGCUGUCGAUGACAAUGGCUAUGUUCCCGUUAUCUGUGGACUCUCCAGAUGCAAUGAGAAUGACAUUCAAACUGCUUGGAAUGCUGUUAAACAUGCCAAGAGACCAAGGAUUCACACUUUCAUUGCUACCAGUGCCAUUCACAUGGAGUUUAAACUCAGAAUGUCCAAACAACAGGUCAUUGAUAAGGCACGCACCAUGGUUGCAUUUGCACGCAGUUUAGGUUGCCAAGACGUUGAAUUCAGCCCUGAAGAUGCUGGAAGGUCGGAUAGGGAAUUUCUUUAUCAAAUUCUUGGAGAAGUUAUUAAGGCAGGGGCUACUACACUCAACAUACCUGACACCGUGGGCAUAACCAUGCCCAGUGAAUUUGGGAAACUAAUUGCUGAUAUUAAAGCUAAUACACCUGGAGUUGAAAAUGUUAUUAUUUCCACUCACUGUCAGAAUGAUCUUGGACUUUCUACCGCUAACACCAUUGAGGGUGCACGUGCCGGUGCUAGGCAGCUGGAAGUCACAAUUAAUGGGAUCGGUGAAAGGGCUGGAAAUGCCUCCUUGGAAGAGGUUGUCAUGGCCCUGAAAUGCGGAGGACAUAUCUUUAACAAUCUCUUCACUGGAAUUAAUACAAGGCACAUUUAUUUGACAAGCAGAAUGGUUGAAGAGUACUCUGGUUUGCAGUUACAGCCACACAAGGCUCUCGUCGGAGCUAAUGCAUUUGCUCAUGAAAGUGGCAUACAUCAGGAUGGAAUGCUCAAACACAAAGGUACAUACGAAAUCAUAUCUCCUGAAGACAUUGGACUUGAAAGAUCCAACGAAGCUGGUAUUGUAUUGGGGAAGCUUAGUGGGCGCCAUGCUAUGAGAAAGCGACUUGAAGAGCUUGGAUAUGAACUUAAAGACGACCAAGUUGAGAGUUUGUUUUGGCGUUUCAAAGCCGUGGCUGAGCAAAAAAAGAGGAUUACUGAUGCUGAUCUCAGAGCAUUGGUAUCAGAUGAAGUUUUUCAGGCAGAGCCUAUCUGGAAGCUUGAUGAUUUGCAGGUGACUUGUGGAACUCUUGGUCUUUCAACAGCAACUGUCAAACUUGUUGGUGAUGAUGGUAGCACGCACAUUGCUUGUUCUGUCGGUACAGGUCCUGUGGAUUCAGCAUACAAAGCUGUUGAUCUGAUUGUGAAGGAACCAGCAACUCUUCUCGAGUACUCCAUGAUUGCAGUCACUGAAGGCAUUGAUGCAAUUGCCACUACUCGAGUUGUUAUUCGUGGGGACACGGAUCAAACAUCUACCCAUGCUUUAACUGGAGAAAGUGUUCAGCGAACUUUUAGUGGGACUGGAGCAGGAAUGGAUGUCGUUGUCUCCAGUGUCAAGGCCUAUAUUGCUGCAAUAAACAAGAUGCUGAGCUUCAAGUAAACACCUUCAUCUGCUGAAAAAAUCCCAAUUUUUGCAUCAAGUAAUUGAUAAUUUGUGUGUGGCCGCGGUUGGUUUUGAUUUCUUGUUAACUGUGCUGAGUGUGUUAAAGCAGUGUCGUUACUUUUCUCAAGUUGAGGACGUGUCGCUGUAUCUUAAUGUGAAUUAUUGAUAUGGAAGUUACGUUAGCAAUGAAUGUAAUUUAAGUCCGUUUAAAAUAUUCAGACCACCGGGAAUUUUUCCCUUUUAAUUUUUUCAGGUGUUCUUGAUUGGAAUUUAUGAA